AUUUUGACAGCUCUACUAACAAGUAACAAGCAGUCCUAUCGUCGUUUGUACCAAAACCCCGUUCCAUCCCAUCGGCGAAAUUCCAACCCAAAUCCAAUUAUCGCCCGCCUCGAUUCUGCCGGCGAUGGCCAGCUCCACUCUAUCCGCUCUGUCGAUUUCAUCAUCGGCAGCAGCCACCUCGCCGCCCGAGAGCCUCCGCCUCGCUCCGUCGUCGCUUUCGCCCAGCUCCUUCCACGGAAACAAGCUACUGAUUCGGCGCUUCAGUUCGAGCAGCGUUGUUCUCAAAUGGCGUCGCCCGACGGUUGCCAGAAUUUCGUCUAGUCUCCCCACGACGAAAUAUGAUCCAGCUAAAGUUCCUAAGUGCGUGUCUAAUUGAUGGUCAGCUAGAGCUAUUAGGUCGUUUGGAUUUGGGGAAUUGGAAGCGAGGAAGCUCAAGUAUCCGAAUACAGGAACUGAAGCCAUCCUCAUGGGCAUUUUGAUUGAAGGAACCAGUUCAGCUGCAAAGUUCCUAAGGGCUAAUGGAAUCACUUUCUUCAAGGUCAGGCAAGAAAUUGUAGACUUGCUUGGGAAAUCAGACUUAUUUUUCUUUAGUCCUGAGCAUCCCCCGUUAACUGAGCAGGCCCAAAGGGCCCUUGAUAAGGCCAUCGAAGAGAAACUUAAAUCAGGGGAUGAUGGCGAAAUAACCCCAUCACAUAUACUCCUAGGCCUUUGGUCGGAGACCGAUUCUGCAGGUCAAAGGAUCCUGGAGACACUUGGUUUUACGGAUGAAAAGGCGAAAGAGCUUGUCAACUAUAUAGAUGAAGGUGCCGCCUUCAGCUCUAGGUAGGAAACUCAGACCUGCUCCUGAUAUCUGGGCUUACUGCUGGAUCCGAGAAUUUUGUGCCAGACAAGCACCUGGUACAGCAGGUGCAUUGUUUUGGGAAAAGUCUGCGGCUUAUCAGAAUAGUGACAUUCUGUAAUCACAUCACCAAAUGCUUGCUCGCCUUAGGAAGAGAUUCUUCAAAUUUGUAUCUUUCGGAUUUUCAGCAUCUUGCAGACUGCCGCUGGUGAAGAUGCUGGCAGUUGUAUAAUUGUAUUCCGAGUCUUGUAGUUUAUGAUCUGGCUCUCGCCAAUUUGUUCUCUUUUCUUUCCAAUCAGUACUUGGUAAGUUUUGUGUGUGUCAUAUGUGGUCAAUUUUGACUUUGAAAAUGUUUAUAAAUUACGGCCUUCAAACUUUUGAUUAGGCAGCCCAUUAGAAUCUGUAUGGAUAAUUUAGGCAUUGAUGGUGUGGUGCCUUAAAAUCAGAGAAGCUAUACGCCCUACAGAUUCUUAUCAAAUGGCACCGGAAUUGUACCGAUAUCAUGUUAGCUUGACUGUUUUCGUA